AUUUGGAUAAAAGACAAAAAAGCUCUUGAACUCCUGCGCUGCAUGCAUGUGCAUGCCAUAGCUUCUCCACUCCAUGCCAGACCACUGAAGUAUGACUGAAGUUAGCCUGGGAUUUGUUGAGGUAUCUCCGCUCAAGCUUGUGUGGGAGCUAUGUCAGUACAUGGCUGAGGACAAAACCAGCUACACAUACACCAACCCUCUGAAAAGUACCUUUCAAGCUCCGAAAAAUGUAUCUUUAUGGAGCACUGAGUCCAGCACUAAACUAUGUAGCAACCUAGUGAGAAAGUUUUAUGACACGAUUCUUCUGAGGAGAUGGGAGUGGUUUGGCAUGAGCAAAGGGGGUGCUAUCCUGUCCCCAGCUUGCAAGUGUAUGUCUUUUAGCUAUCACCUCAUGUGUGAUGGUAAAAGCGAUGAUGCUGGUCGCCUUGUUGAGGCGGUGAGCGCUUUCACUGAGUGUAGGGUGUUCAAAGAGUGCGAGGCCAUGUUGACAUUCCUCUCCUUACUUGCCGAGGUGCAGGUAAACAACAGCCAUGACAACCUUCCUGUGGUGAACGUUCAGCAAAAAGAAGGUGCACCUUUUCGAUAUGAUAUCUAUUCGAGCUUAUUUUUUGAGAAACCUCCCAAUCACAGUGAUUUAACUGAUAUGAAGGACGAUUUCUCUGAAAGCGUCUCUCUGUUUGAACGCACUCCUGGCACUGGGUUCGACAGCUUCCUGUCAGCUCACCCUAGUAUGGAGGACCAGGCCACCAACACUCUUUAUCAUGGACUGGUACACAGUACUGUAGAGGACAUUAACACUCCACUGGGACUGCCACAGCUUCCCUACAGUCAGGACAACACUCCCCUGCUGCCUCGUGGGGAGACCAGUGUUGCACGCCCGUCAACAACAGACACAGUAUCCUCACUAACCAAGGAGCAGGCUUCUGUUUUCAACACAGCAGCAGGGUCCGGUCAGGAUCUUUUCUCAUGGCCGCCGAAUGGAGAUGACCCAGAAAGCAUCAGGGAAUGGGAGGGCUGGCAGACUUGUUCUCGUCAGUACCUCUGUGAUGGCUCAGAGACUUGCCUGCCCCAUGCCAUUGAGCUGUGUCUCUCCCGCUACUGCUCACUGGGGGGCAUGGCACAGUCUGAGGUGGAGGAUGGGAGUUCCCUUGAGAGCAAAGUCAUCCGUGACCUGGACAACCUUCCCAUGGUUUUUAUCAACACAUUCCAGGAGGGUGGCAGUGUGUCGCGGAUGUUUGGGGAAGCUGUCCAAUCACUGCAGGACUACUUUAGAGCACAGCUUCAUCAACUAGCAGGGGAGGCUUCAGGCUUAACCCUUUCACUGUCAGCAAAUUGGAUUCUACCCACAGUCAAAUUCUUGAUGGGCCUUUGGAACGAAGCCAGAAAUUUACCCAAGGGGCUUGCUCUACUGGAUGCCCUUUAUAAUCAGACCUAUCAGGUGGUGGGAACCCCUCACUACCUCUUGCUACUACAUCUACUAGCACAGGCCCUGGCACCAUAUUUCAAGUUUGUGGAACAGUGGGUGUUUCAGGGAUGGCUGGACAUGGGGGAGGAGUUUGGACUGCAUGUCAGUGUGGAGGCCCUCGCUAGAAGAGAUGAUAAAUACUGGAAUGAGGGGUACACUGCUAGUGGGGGGUGUGCCCCUGGGUUCCUGGAAGGCCAGGCCCAUACCAUCCUCACCUGUGGCAAGGCACUCAACCUACUCAGGAUAUGCAAGCCGAGUCACCCACUGUGCACGGGGAUGUUCCGUCCACCCAAGUUGAGAGUUCAGCUAUCUUUAGACGGACUAGAACAAUGUGGUGAGCAGUGUCAGCAUUACAGGAGAGAGGUCCAGGAGAGUGAGCAAGUCAGACACGAUCUACUCAAACAAGAGCUUCUGGCCAAGGAGAAAGAGUUGAGAGCAGAGGUACUGAAGGCCAGACAAGAAGCUCGAGCUCAUGCUGAGAAAUUGAAAAUGAUAGAAGAAUCCAACAAAGCUCAAGAAAAAGAGAAAAAAGUUGCGUUAAGAGAUGCACUGCUGGAGCAAAUACAGACAAAUCAAGCUUUGCGUUCUGAGCAUGAAGCCGAGGAACGUACAGAAGACAGGGAGCAACCGGACUACUUUAGCUCAAGAAACACACUCCACGAGGCUUCCUUACAAGAAAAGGCCAGGGAGGAUAUGAUCGCUUACUAUGCUGGGCUCUCUAGAAAGGCUGAACUGAGGCAACUCAGGGCUGAGUGGAGAGCAAAGCGUUACAAACUAUCAACUCAGCGUUUCGAGUUUCUGAGAAGCGAGAGAGAAAGGUUUACCGCAGAGAGUGAGAAGGCUGCCAAAUUAUCAACUCCUCAACUCCUGUCAAUUAAUUCCUUAUUAAGAGAGACUUCAUUGAAAGGGACACCUGCUACGUCUUUGACAGACGUGGUGUCUGCUGACUUGAAUGUAUCGCAAAGUGUUGAGAAUACCAGUAAUUCUGUGGUUGGGAAAACUUUGGCUGAGAGCAGCUCUCAAAGAGAGCAGGUCGCACAACAGCAGGCCUCUAGGAAAACAUGGAGUGUAUCAUUGGUUGAUCAACCUGCACCAUUUGGAGUGCAAGAAGACGUCAAGUUUCCUCAAGAUCUGGAUCAUUUUAUAGAAUCAGAACCACAAGAUCAGUUCUCACUGGGCAGCAAAUCAGACAGUGGCUCCACGCAACCUGUGAACAGUACAUUACUUCUACAGCCCUCAUACCCCCCUUCUGUUGUCCAGGACCUCCUAUACAACCAGGAGACCACGGACCCAAGCAUCCUUUCCAGACUGUCUCAAAUCACUGUCCCUUCUCUUCAUGUUCGCUCCGGCCCCGUAGAACAGCCAUCCGUGGCACAGGAACUGCUCUAUCCCACUCAGCAUGCUCAGUUGGCUCCGGUACAGAAAGAGAGUGCACCUGGACCUGUGUCAAGCAGAGGACAAGAAGCCCCUUCAACUGCACAAGACAUCAUCUAUAUGUAUGGAAGUGGAGAGAAUACAGAUGUCACCACCCGAGGAAACGAGCCUGGCUCAACAGCCCAAGAUAUCAUCUACGGCUCUGACUUUGCUAAUGUUUCAGUAAGUAGUCCUCUCAUUCAAGAACCUGGCCACCCGCUACUAGUUUCGUCUCGAGGGCAGGCCCCUAGGUCCACUGCUCAGCUCAAGAUGUACCCACUGAGGCAGGCAAUGCAGGAGAGAGUGGAAAAGAAACAGGAUAAAAGAAAGCUGAAGAUGCCCACUAUUGAGUCUGGCCCUUCAUUGAAGUACACAGAUAACUUCUCAUUUAAUGAUGAUCCCUCCUCACGGGACAUGCUGAGUGCAGUUCUUGGCCCUGCUGUUCAGGAUGACAGUGAUAUUGACACCGGGUUUCUGUCUGUCUAUCCACUGUCGGCUCUCAUUGAGCAAUCUCUGGCUCUCCCAAUUCUCACACAAUCCACCCUAGUCAACGAGGCUCUUCUCAGGUACUUCCUGUCAGAAUGCCACAUCACUCAUCAUUUCAAUGUAAUUAAGUGGUUCCUGCUCCUUGAGGACGGUGAGUUUGGCCAUGCCCUCUCCACUCGACUUUGUGAAGAGCUAACCCAUGGUCGAGAUUGGAGGGUGCUUGUCUCCCCCUCUUUUCUCAACCCCCUGCUUUCGACUGCUCUCGAGGUUUCUGUACAUAGUCGCUGCCCAGAGGCUCAGAGGAUCAGCUUUGCCCUAAAGUACCGCCCCACCUCACUCAACACUCAUGCAAUUGAUGCACUUGAGUUUUUGCAACUAAAGUAUGAGGUGGACUGGCCUUGUAAUAUUGUGAUAACGAGCACGUCAGUAGAGAAAUACAAUAAGAUUCUUCAGCUUCUACUGCAGAUGAAGAGAGCUUCAUGGGCACUUAAGAACACUUUCCAUCAACUCAAAGUCAGCAAACAGCUCAGUCCCUCACAAACCAGACAGUUGCAAGUCUACAGACACGAGUAUCAGCACUUUGUCAACGUGAUGCACGGGUACAUUGCCAACCAGGUGUUCCAGAUCACAUGGAGGGAGUUUGAAAAUGACCUUGAAAAUGACGUUCACAGUUUUGAGGAGCUGAUCCAAGCCCACCACAAUUUCAUUAAUAAGGCGAUUUUCAGGUGUUUACUGAGCAAGAAAGCAGCACCAGUAAUGAAGCUGAUCCAAAACAUCUUCAGCUCCAUCCUGAAGUUCAGCAGUGAGCUCACAGGAGAGAGAGUGUGUGUUGAGAGGAGCUAUGCAACCAUGACAGAGACACAUAACAGGUUCAGGGAGGUCUCAGGUCUGCUGAUAAAAGUUGUUGACAAGCUGGUGCAACGUGGGUAUCAACCUCAUUUGGAGGACUUCUUACUGAGAUUGGACUUUAAUAGAUUUUACAAGUAGAGACAAACAGGAACCUUACAUAAGUGACCUACACUUGUUUCUUAUCACAUUGGGUUGACGGGAGUCAAAUGCCGAAACCAACAUUUUAAUAAUAAUUACAGUGUAUGUACAACAAA